GAAAAAUAACCCAAAAAGUUCCUAAAUCAUCUACGCCAGUGGUGUACCGUUACAUUACGUUUCUAUUUCGCGAAUUCAAUACUAAACAUUCCGUUACAGAGGUUAUGUGCGGUAGAUACAUCGAAAUAUUUAAGUUAAUUUAGUUACUUUUCCUGUAUUUGUUUUUAUAUUAUCUUCGAAAGAUGUUAGGAUCAGCUAAAUGGGUACUUUUGUUGUCGUUGGUUUCAAUUGUGGCGCUACAGUCUCUCGGUCAAGAGAGUAAUUAUCGACAAGGGUCCAUUGACGAUGGAAGACAAGGGCGAAACCUACUUGACUGGAUUGGAUUCGGCACUGGCCCUGAGACUGAUCCCUACUUGGCCAGAACAAAUUCUGCCUGCUUAAAUGGUGAUCUGGCAGAAUGUUUCAAAUCAAGGGCUCUCGCUUCUUUCGAUGAUUUUUUUAAUAAGCCCGAAUAUUAUCUCAGCGAAACCGCCCGUAUAAAACGGAUGCCUGAAACACAACUGCGACAAUUAGUCCAAGAACCAUAUGAAUAUUCAGAGAGUCCAAGAUCGUCGGACUCAGAGUGGGACCAACUUCUGAAGUUUGCAAAGAGGAAGGUUGAAAAAUUUCUGAAAUCCACGACUUUCGAACUCCAGUUCAACGAUGAAGUGACAGAAGCGGGUAGAUAUUCACCCCGUUUCAUUGAUGAGAUCGUUGGAGAAAUUGAUAUCAUAGAAGAUAAAAAGGAUUCUCUCUUCAAAAGAAAACAGCUGAAGAAACUUUUCAUCCCUCUUCUACUAGUCUUGAAAUUAUUCAAACUGAAACUUCUUCUUUUCUUGCCAUUGAUCCUUGGACUCGCGUCGUUCCAGAAGCUAUUAGGGUUCCUCGCCCUGAUCAUUCCAGGAGCAAUUGCAUUCUUCAAUUUCUGCAAGCCCAAUCUGAAACAAAAUGGAGGAUCUUUCUUUGGUGGUUCCGGACCACAAUAUUCCCCUGCAGGAAUCGCCUAUCAACAUCAUUAUUCCUCACCACCCACCUUUUCUCACGACUAUAAUGAGUAUCAUCAUCAUGGACAUUACAGAAAUGACGAAAAUGCCGCACAAAACCUAGCUUACAAUGGAUGGAAUGAAUACAGAAAUAAUGACGAGAAUAUUGUUGCUGAGGCGACAUCGAAGAAAUCCAUUUUACCCGAUUCGUGAAUCCUCAUAGCAGGAUUAUUCCAGGAAAUUGCUUAUACGUUAUCGACAGGUUCUAGUAUAAAUUCAAAAAUUGAGUGAAAACUGCCAUGUGAAUAAUAAUAUAGUUUAUCAAACCUUGCUCAAUUUUUGAACUGGAGAUUAAUAACCGAAAACUAUACGACAAAUAAUGAAAUUUAUCGAUAUGAAACGAUUGAGCAAAUGUUUAUAAUUUAUUUGUUUUUUUAUUUGAAUUUAUUAGGAUAUGUUUUCAUUAGUAUAUUUUAUGAAAUACUAUAAAUGUUAACUGUACAUAUUCAAACCAUUUGUAAUUAUUU